AUGCUCGUGUCCAACGUGAGCCUGAGCGGCGGCUGCGCGGGGGUCAGCAGCGCGCUGUGCGCCGGAGCCGCGGAGGGACACCCGGGCGGCGGCUCGGCCCGGACCACCCUCACCCCCACGGGCAACCUGAUUGUGGCCGUGUGCCUGGGCUUCAUCGGCACCCUGGGACUCCUGAACAACCUGCUGGUGCUCGUGCUCUUCUGCCGCUACAAGAUGCUGCGCUCGCCCAUCAACCUGCUCCUGAUUAACAUUUCCAUCAGCGACCUGCUGGUGUGCGUACUGGGGACUCCGUUCAGCUUCGCGGCCAGCACGCAGGGACGGUGGCUCAUAGGAGAAGGGGGAUGCGUCUGGUACGGCUUCGCCAACUCGCUCUUUGGUAUCGUGUCCCUCAUCUCCCUGGCCAUCCUCUCCUAUGAGCGCUACAGCACCAUGAUGGUCCCCACCGAGGCGGACUCCUCCAACUACCAGAAGAUCUCACUGGGCAUCACCCUGUCCUGGGUCUACUCCCUCAUCUGGACCGUGCCGCCACUCUUAGGUUGGAGCAAAUACGGCCCUGAAGGUCCCGGGACCACCUGCUCUGUUGACUGGAAGGCCAAGACAGCGAAUAACAUCUCUUACAUCAUCUGCCUGUUUGUAUUCUGCCUCAUCAUCCCUUUCCUGGUGAUCGUCUUCUGCUAUGGGAAGCUGCUGUGCGCCAUCAGACAAGUGAGCGGAAUCAACCCAUCAAUGAGCAGGAGACGUGAGCAGCGUGUGUUAUUCAUGGUGGUGGUCAUGGUAAUAUGCUACCUCUUGUGCUGGCUGCCGUACGGCAUCAUGGCCCUGAUGGCCACUUUCGGGCCCCCGGGCCUGGUAACGCCCGAGGCCAGCAUCAUCCCCUCAGUCCUGGCUAAGACAAGCACAGUCAUCAACCCAGUCAUCUACGUCUUCAUGAAUAAACAGUUUUACAGAUGUUGCCAAGCCCUGCUGCGAUGUGAGACUCCUCGACGCGGCUCCAGCAUAAAGAGCUCCUCCAAGGUCGCCACCAAGGUCAUGAGGGGUGUAGCAGUGAAUGGUCCCCGCCGCACCAACGACUUACUAUAUAUGGUAGCAUCCCUUGGACAGCCAGCCGCCACACUGCCCCAACUGGGCCCUCCCUUUGAACCUACAAACGACAUCACUAAAGCCUCUUCUUCAGACAACAAACCUGCCGCAGUAUCACUAGUGGCCCACAUGGAUGGCUGA